CAGGCCGCUCUGGGCCUGUUGCCUCCUUCACUCUGCCUCUGCCAAGGGCAGGUGAGUGGGGGGAGGCGCCCCCCCCAGACAUGCCAGGCCCCUCAGAUACAGGGGGGAGGGGCACUGGCCUCGGUCUCGGCUGGGAUUGGCCCCUCGGGCUCUUGCCGUGGGGGGGAGGGGCGCUCAGCGCCAGCCUGAGGCGCGCCCCCUGCUGUGCGAUUGCGCUCAGCAGCCCCUCCCCCUGCCUUCCACAGCCUCGCUUUGGAGCAAAGAUGGCGCGGCGCUGACAGGGCUUUUUCCCGGGACGGAGCGUACCAUCCUCCUUCCCCCGCCCCCCAGCGCAGGGGUGAUCAUUUCCACCUUUUCCCUCUACUCCCUCCUCUUCCCUCUAGCAAUGGUGAGGCUCACUUCCGGGAGAGCACCGGAACCCGGAAGUGUGUGGCUAGCACUGGCGGCUUCCCCCCUCAGCUGCUCCCAGACUGAUGCAACAUCUCUGGAGUCAAAAUCUAUGAGAUGUUUCACUUGAAUCAGAGGUAGAAGAGCCAGCUGCAGCUAGCACCACAUUAAAAUCCGCACUAGUGGUCUCAGCGGGAUUCACGUUCCCCAGUGAAGAUGGAGACAUUAAAGAAUCUAUCUAUGGAGGAGCUCCAGGAAUUACAGGAGAAUUCAGAGGAGAUAGAGCGUCUGGCACUAGAAUCAACAGAGGUCCAGGAACUACAAUUGGAAAAGGAGAUGGCCUUGGCAACAAACCGUAGCCUGGCAGAGCAGAACCUGGAGUUCCAAACACCACUGGAAACUGGGCGCGCAAACCUUUCCGAGAGAUAUCAGAAGCUACAGAAGCUGGCCAAACAGUGCCAGGAGCAGAAGGCAAAAUUGGAGAAAUUCUCUGCAACGAUGCAGCCUGGGACACUGUUAAGUCUUCUACAGGUGGAAGGCCAGAAGAUCGAAGAGGAAUCUGAGACUAUGGCAGAGAAGUUCCUGGAGGGUGAAGUUUCCCUGGAGCGGUUUCUUGAGCAGUUUUCCUCCAUGAGGAAGUUGUCCCACCUGCGACGGGUCAGAGUGGAAAAGCUCCAAGAGGUGCUGCAGAAGUCUGAAGCUUCACAGGAGCCAGCCAGUGACUCUCAUUUUAAUCACCAGCAUCCUGCUCCUCACAUAACUACUGGGCUUGCUGAUGAGCAGCAGCCGCAGCCUUUUCCGUCAGGAACACCAUCCUUUUCUUUGCCAUAUAGUCCAGCUCCAUGCAUGCCUGUAGGCCCUACAGCCCAAGGAGCUCUCCAGCCUGCUCCUUUCUCUGGAGCACAAGUUAUAGUGGGACCCCAUAGUUCCUCUCAACCAAACUCCCAACCUGCAUUUCCUUAUAAAUCACCUCCAGUUCCUGGAUACCCACAUGCCCCACCUGGAGGUUCACCAUCAGGAUACUCUCAGACAAGAGGUUCGUCUUCGGCAACAGGCUACCCUUGGUCUCCAUGUAGAGGUCCACCACCUGCCACAGGUUACCCUCCACCCCAACCCAGAGCUCCAUCUGGAGUAGGGUACUCCCAGCCUCCACAGCCUUCAUAUUUCCCAUCAGCAGGAGGAAGACAACAGUGUCCGUAUCCAACCCAGCCACCACUACCUAGUUUCCCAGUUCCAUCCCAGCCUCCAUAUCCCCCAGCUUCACACUCUCCCUUUGGAUACCCACCACCUCCCCCACCUCAAGGGCCUGCUUGGCCAGGCUACUAGUCAGUACUUCUGGAGAGUUUGCUUCAUCAUCCUCUCUUGUGUCAUGAUCUAAGAAAUUAAUCCUUGCUGAGAAAUAGACAAAAGAAGAAAGAGCUGGGAGUUUUUGCCCUUAAACCCAUACAUGUAUAAGCAUUAUAUAAGAUGAGAGGGGUGGGGCUAGCAUCAUAUACACUCUAGCUCCACGCGGUGCAAGAAGUGAUUGUACCAUUGUAGGUUUUGAUUAAUGAAUAGUACUGUGUAUUGGCUGUUGACAUUCUUCAGUGGCCACUUGUGCUGAUUGGUCAUUCAAAAUCAUGUUAGAAAAUAUAAGUGGGCCAGAUUCUCAUCUAUUAUAAAUGGGCAAAACAUGCACUGAUUUACACAAAGACUUGUGUAUGAGAUGCCUGUGUUUAUAGUUUUCUACGUACAUAAAUAUAUAUCAAAAGAAUUCCAAACACAGAAGUGUGUAAGAGAUGGAGUGAAAAUCUCUGACAGUAUUUCACCUGAAAUGCUUAUAUUGCUUCCCAGUUAACUCACUUGGAAACGGACUAACAGAAUCUGCCAGAUUCAGAAUUGAGGCAUUAUUUAUCUUGUCAAUGAGAAGUGACUACCUAGUGUGUUGGGAUAACUCAGCCCUUGAUAUGCCCCAUAUCACUGUACCUUAACUCCAAUCCUCCCAUUCCCAGCACAUUGCAGGGCAAAGAUUUCCUUACCACUGCUUCUGUGUAUCUAACCAUACUGACAUUAUGAUUUCACUGCAAAGCAAAUGUCUGUCCAGUGCUGUCACUGUCUAUCCAUUUCAGCUGUUUCCAGUCUACUCAUGGGCAAAGGCCUUUUUGGCACUGGCCCCUUUUACCUGUGAGGCAUGCCGACCCCUCCAUUGCAGGAUGUAGAUUUUCAUGGAGAAAGCAUCAGGGUCAUGAAAUAUCUCUGGGAUUUGAUAUGUGGAAUAUCAGUUCUUCCAUGGAGGUAAAAUUGGUUGGCAUGAUGCUUCUAGAGCUGCUAAUAAUUUGGAGGUGAGGUAGCAUAUGCUGUGAUCUGUACAAAUCUGGAUGACUACUCCUUUUUUGCUGGUUGAUGAUGGAAAACAAUGCUACCAUCCAAACUUUGUUAAUGGUUCAGAGAAACACUGAGGUCUCAAGCCUCCUUCAACAUUUGUUCCUCCUUUCUUGUGACCUGCGGUAGGGGUGAAAGUACACUGGCUCAUGAAGCAUCAAGUGUCUCUUGCAUCCCCUCUCCCAUUUCCUGCUAUGUUGACCUGAGAAAACAAUGAAGCCAACAGUGAGAAUGGGUUCUUAAGAUAAAUGGGAUUUUUUCUUUGCUCCGCACUUUACCUAUCAAAUUCUGUUUGCUUGCCCGUAAGUUAUUUAUGAAGAAAGAUUACUAAAGGACUAGACUGGGUUGAAUGCUUUUGGAAUUUGAUAGAAACAAUUCCCUAUUUGUGAUUAAUUAGAGUAAUAAAACUUGAUGAAUUGCACACACAAGGUCGUAGCUGUGAUUGUUUCAGGAAAUGAAGUGGCGUCUGGUUGAAAAUGUUUAUUGAUUUUGGUUUUUUGCCAGCUCAGCAUUCUUCCAUUGAGUCCCUUGUAUGAUGUCCACAUAAUCUUUCCUCUUCCAUCUCUCACUGCCAAAUUCUUUAUGUAUCAUCCUUCCUGCCUUUCAGUCUGCAACUAACCCUAGGUGCCCAUUUGUGAAAUCCUUUUCUCCAGGGGUUAAUUGAUCUCAUGCUUCAGCACCAUUUGUCCUUUCCUCUUCUCUUCUCUGCACUGUAGUUUCUAUUCUCCAUUCCCCCUUCUCUAUGUCUGAUUUUCUAUUCUGUGCCUUAUUCAUUUGAUGAAGAUAUUGUUCUCUCUGUCUUGGCUAAAUACUGACCUCUAUAAUCCCUGUCUGCAGCUUUGGGGAUCUGAAAGCUGACCCGAAUAAACCCUCCCUCUCAACUUGAAUGAGAGAGUAAUUUCUUCUCCAUGGUCCCACAUACUCCAUCAUAAUUAAAAGCCCAGCUAAGACUACUGCUGAAAUUUUGCUUACUAUGCCAAAACUUGAGUUAAAAAGCGGGGAGGGUCUUUUCAUCUCAGGGUGGUUUGGUUUGCUCCGCUCCAUCUACAGCACCAACUCAACUGUGCUUUAGCACCCAGAGUCCAUGGUGUGACCUUGACUGUGAAGAGUAUUCUGUGAAUGAGAAUUAGUCAUUGAACUGAUACUUUUGUGAAGCCUUUCUAGCUAUUUCCCUAAAUUCAUGGAAAUAUAAAUUCUCUCUUUGUUCCCCCUUGCUCAGUUUCUUUAUCCAUUGGAAACAGCAACAACAGCACAAACUCAUAUGUUUUAAACAGUCUCUUUGCAGAUAUCAAGUGUGAAUUUCUUCAUUUUGUCUGUGUAAGAAGAGUUGCGGGGUUUUGCUGUUAAUUUGACAAGUGACAUCAUAAGCUUGUGUGUGACAUAAUUAUCUGGUGAAGAGAUAGUGGUAUUCCAAGAUAGUUAAAAUGGAAGAAUGGUUGGAUUAACUCAGAGUCAGAUGCGAUCAUCUGAUUUCGCACAGAUGAUUUUUAGUCCUAAAGAAAGGGAAAGACAGAAGCAGAAACUGCUCUAAAAAGAAUUAGUUUGGUAAAUUUUCUGCACGGUGUCACCAUAUUUUUGGUAGCACCAAGGGUGUGUGAUGCUGUGAAGUGUAUUUCAGCAAUAGAUUAAGAAAAGGCUCUUAAUAAAACUUCUAGGGGUGUGUCUAGACUGGCAAG